ACGAACAAGCAUACGAGCGCUGAUGUGGAAUCAGCUCUUCUGGUAUCAAAACAGGGAUUGGCCACACCCUCUCCAACACAAAUUGGGCGGUUACGAGACUUGACGGACACGCUUGAUAUCGAAUAAAAUAGCAAAGUUGCCCUAGCAACUCCAUCCGGGAACCAAUCCGAGAAUUUCUGAGGACGAAAAUGUUGAGACUGAUAGAAGAGAGUGAUCGUGGCAGAAGAGCUCAAUGGAUGUUGUUUGCUCGAAAGGGAAGAUGAACAAAACCUUGACAGUGACAGGAGUUUUAUGAGGAGUAAUAUUUAUUUUGCCCUUUUGCAAAUAUAAACUGCGAAUAGGCGGGUUAUUUUUCCAUACUGUAAACGUCUCUUUAUUUAUCUUCUAAUGUGACGCAACAGCAUCAGUGGAUCCACAACCAGGAUCUUUUGAACAAUAGGACAGCUUUACUGAUGUACUGGACGUGACAUAUUAAACGCAGGGAAGCUCUGUGAGAAAUAAACAGAUUUGUUUUUGAAUAAGGUGUAGUGUUUGGUAGCACCGGUGGGCUGAGAUUUCUAACACAAGUCCAUCGAUAAACAUUUGCAUGAUGUACCAGAAUGGGUCAUCGGGCUGAUAUGAAAAUGAACCACAGGAGCAGUCCAGCAAAAGCUUAUGAUUUCCUUCUGAAAUUCCUGCUGGUUGGAGACAGUGAUGUGGGAAAAGGAGAAAUACUGGCCAGUUUACAGGAUGGGUCCAGUGAAUCACCUUAUGGAUAUAAUAUGGGAAUCGACUACAAGACAACUACAAUAUUGCUUGAUGGACGCAGAGUCAAGCUCCAGCUUUGGGACACCUCAGGACAAGGCAGAUUCUGCACUAUUUUCCGAUCUUAUUCCAGAGGAGCACAGGGUGUUAUCCUUGUAUAUGACAUCACAAACCGGUGGUCCUUUGAUGGCAUUGACAGAUGGAUUAAAGAGAUUGAUGAGCAUGCACCAGGCGUUCCCAAGAUCUUGGUGGGGAACCGGCUUCACCUGGCCUAUAAGCGGCAGGUGACCACAGAGCACGCCCAAGCUUUUGCAGAGCGACUGGGGGUCACGUUCUUUGAAGUCAGCCCUCUCUGUAACUUCAACAUUACAGAGUCCUUCACUGAAUUGGCUCGGAUUGUACUCAUGAGGCAUGGUAUGGAACGACUUUGGAGACCCAAUAAAGAUAAUAACCGCUCAAAAUUAAUAACACACGGUAACCUAGAUGCUGCAAGUCAUUUUGACAGUGUUGAGUCUGCAGGACCUGUGCUGUCGUUCUAUCGUGUCCUGCACUCCAGUGCACCUCGUGGACAAGCUUCCCCUUCCUGUUGCCUUAAAAAGCCACCUAAAGUCCUUCUCCAUGGCCAACGGUCUCAAUGCCAGGAUGAUGCACGGUCGUUCCUACUCUGUCAUAGCCAGCAGUGCUAAAAAGAGGAACGGAACGAAAAAAUCCAAAGUCAUCUAUCCACCGCUGAGCCCAUCCCAGAACUGUACACAAACAAGCUGCAAGAUUUCAUAGUUUAGUGCAGUUACAAUACACACUCAAAAUGCAAUGUAUACAAGGAGUUUAAAACCACCACCACAGUCUUAUAAUAAAUAAGAAUGAUGUACGGCUUUUUGGUCUAUCUACUGAUCUAUUAAAGGUGCAGUGUGUAAAUUUUAGCGGCAUCUAGUGGUGAGGUUGCGAAUUGCAACCAACAGCUCAGUCCACUGCUCACCCCUCGCUUUUGAAACGCAUAGAGAAGCUACGGUAGCCGCCAUCGGAAAAACAUGUAAUUGACGGAGACAACUUAGCAAAAAAAGUUUGUCCGUUAAGGGCUUCUGUAGAAACAUGGCGGCACAAAAUGGCGACUUCCACGUAAGGGGACCCUCGGUGUAUGUAGAUAAAAACGUCUCAUUCUAAAGUAAUAAAAACAUAACGGGUCAUUAUAAAAAGGUCUUUACACACCCCUGAUAAUAUAGUUUUGUAUAUUAUUUUGCAUUUCUGUCAAGAGAUCCUUUUAAAAAUUACACACUGCACCUUUAAGUGAUCGACCAAAUUUCACUAUGUCAUACAUAUGUGAGGCAGUUGUAAAAGUGAAGAUCUGUUUAUAAAUGUUGCCAAAACUUUGUAAUGCUCUACAUUGUUUAAAUAUAUGUACAAGUUCUUUUGUCUUGUAAAUGUAUUGAAACUUGAUGGUACUGGAUUUUCUUGUGGAGAACUCUUUUGCUACUGAACCUGGACCAAGCCAACUGCAGAAACUGGCAGUACACUUUCAAAAUGGACCUUACUGAUAAUAAUACCAGCUUAAUUUUCCUAUAAUACUUGUUUCUUCUGACACUUUUCAGGGGCUAUGAGGAAAAAGUCAUGGUUGACACACACAGCUCUUUGUAUUGUGUAAAUAAUCUGUUUUGUUUGAUACUACAAUUACUAAUUAUUGUGAUACACUUGAUUAGUGGCCAAUAUUGUACGUUUAUGGGAAACACACCAAAGACAUGGGAGAUU